UAGUUGACAUGCAAUCAUCAUCACUAUGGCAUCACAACACACACACACACUCUCUUCCCCUUCGUACUUUAUCUGUGUCCAACCAAAGCGACAAACAAACACAUCCUCCGAACGGUUACAAUUACAUUACACCUCUCUCUCUCUUUUUGCUCAUUCCCUUACGUUUGAACCCAAAAAGAGAUGCACCCAUUGGGACCCGCGAAUGUCUCACGACCGUUCGCGACAUCCUCGAAAAUCCUCCGCGGAUCUCGCUGGGAUAGAGAGAGAGAGAGAGAGAGAGAGAGAGAGAGAGAGAAAAGGGGUAUCGAGAGAGAGAAAAAACCCCGAAACGAAAGAAGGAGCAACAAAGCCUCUGUUUUUCCUCCUCUUGGCGAUGCUUCUUCAUCUGGGUUUCCCUCCGUUUUCUCUUUGACACCUUCGGUUCCCUCGGGGGCGAACUCCCGGCCCGCUCCCGAACCGGCUCGACCCGCUCCCCAAAAUGGGCUGCGUGAGCUCCAAGAAAGCGUUCGCCGGAGCCGGUUUGUCGCCGGAGGCGAGGCCGUACGCGGCGCGGUCGAAACGGAGCAAUGGGGCGGGGCGAAACGGCGUCGUGGCGGAGAGGCGAGAGGGAGCCGAUGAGGGGAAGGAGUGGAAGAAGGGAAGCUUGAGAGGGGGAAACGGUUCGGUGUCUUUGAGGCUGUCGUAUAGGUUUGUGGAGGCUGAGCAGAAUGCUGCUGGGUGGCCACCUUGGCUUACCUCUGUUGCUGGGGAAGCCAUUCAAGGGUGGCUCCCUCUCCAAACAGAUUCUUUUGAGAGAUUGGAUAAGAUUGGACAAGGUACAUAUAGCAGUGUAUUCCAAGCACGAGAAAUUGAAACUGGCAGAAUGGUUGCCCUGAAGAAGGUGCGCUUUGACAAAUUUCAGGCUGAGAGCGUUAGGUUCAUGGCAAGAGAAAUACUAAUUCUCCGCACACUUGACCACCCAAACGUCAUGAAAUUAGAGGGUAUAAUUGCUUCACAACAAUCAAAUAGCAUAUACCUUGUAUUUGAAUACAUGGAGCAUGACCUUGCUGGCCUAUUAGCUUCACCUGACAUAAAGUUCACUGACUCACAGAUUAAGUGUUACAUGAGACAGCUAUUAAGUGGAAUAGAGCAUUGUCACCUUCAAGGUAUUAUGCAUCGAGACAUUAAAGCAUCUAAUAUAUUAGUGAACAAUGAAGGUAUUCUCAAGAUAGCAGAUUUUGGAUUAGCAAAUACCCUUAGCCCAAAUAGUAAGCAACCCUUAACAAGUCGUGUAGUGACUCUAUGGUAUCGUCCUCCCGAGCUCUUGAUGGGAUCAACAAACUAUGGAGUAUCUGUGGAUCUAUGGAGUGUGGGCUGUGUAUUUGCCGAACUGUUCCUUGGGAAGCCCAUCCUUAAGGGGAGAAAUGAGGUUGAACAAUUGCACAAAAUUUUCAAGCUUUGUGGGUCUCCACCUGAUGAGUUUUGGAAAAAGAGUAAGCUUCCUUUGGCCACAAUGUUUAAGCCUCAGACAAAAUAUGAAAGCUCUCUUUGGGAGAGGUGCAGAGGUUUUCCUGUAACUGCUGUAAACCUACUUGAGACUUUACUUUCCAUUGAUCCUGCCAAGCGUGGGACUGCCUCCUCUGCCCUCAUGUCUGAGUAUUUCAGCACCGUGCCAUAUGCUUGUAAUCCAUCACUCCUGCCAAAGUAUCCACCAAGCAAAGAAAUGGAUUCCAAAAAUCGGGUAGAAGUGCAAAGGAAAAAUAAUGGAGGUAAAGUUAGAGAGGCUGUAACAUCAAAAAGGCAAAGACGAAUCCAGAAAGUCUCCCAUGACAAUAUCAUUUUCAACAAGCCAGCUUUGAAAGAGGAAAUGCAGAAUAUUUCUGAAAAUGCUUGUACAGAUGAUGGUAAGGAAAGUGUUACAAAAGGAAAAGUAGGAUAUAUGCACAAAGAGCAACCAAAGCCUUCACAUGAUUCAAAGUCAGAGACUGCCCAAGUGGUGAAUAAUGGUUGCAAUGGUUACAGUGUGUACUCAGGACCAGCACCAGUCUCAGGAUCUAGUGGCUUUACAUGGGCUAAAAGGAGAAAACCAGAAGCUUCAUCCAUAUUGUCAGAUAGCUCAAGAAGCAAAAUCAGUGUUCUGGAUCCAACCUUUGCAAAAGACACAUAUGAUUUAACAGAACAUGGGAUAGAGGUUUCAGAAAGGAAACAUAGUUACAACACAAGCCAUGAUGAUGAGACUUCCAACUAUGUAUUACAAAAACACGUGGCUCCCCACAUUCAACAAAAAUCAUUCGAUGUAGCUGAUACAUACAACUCAGAUUUUUACAUGGAAUUUGAUUUCUCAGUUAAAAUGGAUGCUUUGAUAGAUACUCAGGGCUACAGAAAACAUGGUGAGGAGCAACCAGUACCGAAAAUGAUCCCAUCAAAUGAAAAUGAUGAGUUGCAUUGGAAUGAAAACUGUAUGCGGCAAUCUCUUCGUAAAUCAAGGUUGGGAAGAGACUAGUGACAGAGGGAUCAUUGAAGAGGAAUAAUUCCAUAUCUACAAGGGGUGCUUGACUAAACAUUGUGGCCAUUUUUGAACCAUUCUAACUUCUGACUUCAGCUCUCUUGAUCUGACACUUUUGCGACAGUAUCCCCCUCCUUUUGUUCUCUACAGAGUUAAGUGUUCAUACAUAGGACUAACACUUAAUUAUUUAUAGGAUUACAGUAACAAAUUACAAUGCCCACGUGUAAGGUAAUAUGUUUAAAGAAAGGUCAACUUUCCCAAUAGAAUUUUUUGUUCUUCGUAUACAUUUAUUCAUUCAUAUUUUAUUUCA